AUGGCUACUUCCAGCUCGGUGAUUAAGAAAGGGAAGCUAGAUGAAUUACGACAUGAAAUCUUGUCGUACAAACCAGGCAAGGCUGUACCUUGUGAUGAUGAACGAGUGGUGUUUCCUGAUACGCUUGUUAUUGGUACGAUAAUUCUACCCGGGUAUGUGUACAGAAUAGCCUCUGCCCUGAGAAGCGCUCUUUAUGGAGACGUAGAGCCACGCAAGCUUGCUGAUGAACGUCAAACAUCUACUGAGGAUCAGGAGGAACAUCUCACCGAUUCUAUAUACAUCAUCACAAGAAAAGUUCUCUUUGGUCACGUCCCUGUAUGUGCCAUGACAACUACCAGGGAAAGUAAAGUCCUCGAGAAGGCAAAAAAUAAACUAAAAAAACUCGGAGUCACUGACAUCUAUGACAUACCUUCAACUGAUGGAGAUCGCUUAGAUGAGAAACGGUUGCAGUGGCUUCACCUCCUCCGUAGAUGCUUGAAGAAGGGUGACGAAGGGAUAUCUGCUGGCAUAAUACAGCUUUAUUCUUUACCCAGCUUUGAGCGGUUUUGGAACCAAGGGAGAAAGGAUGGCACAGAAGCACAGAAGAGGCACGGAGAAGAAAUUAGAGAAGGAGAAGAAGCAAAGAAGUUACUCCGAGGUAGAAUUACAGACUUAGAGCAGGAACUCAUCGAGUCACGUGCAAGUCGCGCAAGCAUAGUCAGUGAAAAUGGAAGACUACAAGAUACCAUGAAGGUUGAACAAGAAAGGCAUGAACAUAGUGAAAGGACAAUGAUGGAAAACGAGAAAAAAGCAAAACAGAUAAUGGAGACGUACAAGCAGAGGGAGAUGGAAUUUGAAAAGAAACUACAAUCAAACGAUCUGCGUAUAGAAACAAUGGCUGAAAAUUUACAUGGGACAGAAGAGAAGGCAAGACAAAAACGGUCACUAGAAUUAAGCUUGAAGAAGGAACAUGAAUAUAAUGAAGGGCUUUUGGAGCAACUUAAGCGUGAGACCUGGAAGCUGAGAACCAAAAUUCAACUAGAAAGUGAGAAACGAUCAGCAGAGCAGAAGAAGAAAGCAAAGACACAUCAAUGGAGUUUUAUUCGCUGGGUGGCUUCUGGAAAACAAGCUCAGAGUGGCACAUCACCAUUUGAGGAUAAUUCAACCGGAGGACUGGGGAGUGAUACAGUACAAGCAGGAGAGGAGCCCACAGAUGAUGAGUUUGCAGACAUCUUAACGAAGAUAGCUGACGAUCUUUACGAUGAAGCCAAGAUCGACAGCCUUGCUGGUCAGCUGGGAAUCCUACAUGGUGAUAUACAGAGAGCGCUCAUGACCAAUAUGAGGUUCAACCGUGUUACCAGUGAUGGAACUCGUCAUAUGCUGAAACAAUGGAGAGAAGGUGUGUCCAGGGAAGAUGAACGGAUUGAGCUCAGGAAGGCACUGCAAGCUGCCAAGUUGGUAAACCUUGCAGACCUGUAUCUCAGCGGAGGUGUAGUAGAAGAACAGAUCGAUGCUGAAUAUGAUAAAGAAGGCGUCAAUGAUGAGCAGCUCUCUGCUAGAGAUGAGACCUCUCUAGAAGAGGACCAGACCAAAGGACAGACCGACACCCAGGUACUUCAGGAAGCUACAGCAAGCAAUGACCACACUCCUCGAGAUGGGCAUACGGGAGACAUGGCUUCCAAAACCCAGGAUGACUUGACGGAUAGAAGUAGUAGUCAGCAUCCUGACAACUCAUCGGAGAGCAGUACAAAGAACUUGGAUGCAUCUGAAGUGAUUUCUGAAGACGUGUCCUAUGAAGAAGUUCAUGCUGGUGAUGAUAUGACCAAUGUAAGUAGCAUCCAACCUGCUGAGAAAUCGUCCGUACAUGAAAUGCAAGUUCUACCCGAAGAUACAUGUAUGUCUGAGAUAGCCCCUCUGGUAUCUUCUGGUGGAAAACCCGACGAGGAAUCCACCAUCUUGGAAGAAGAAGAUCUGAUUUCUCAACUCGUUCGUAUUGAUACAUCCCCGGAAAAAAGGGAAUGCUAUUUUUCCUCCUAAAGAUCAUAAUGGAUGUUCCCCAGAGAGUACUCAGUUUAUAAAUCACCAGAGAAUCUUCAUCAAGCCAAGUUUUACUAACACAAAACUUAGCUCGCGACGUUCCAGGUUCACCCCUGGACGUUUCAUCGGGCCGAUCGGUCUCUGAUGCCAUAUGAUUCUUGACCCGUGAACAUGAUGUUCCGGUCAGGGAACGUCAGGAAAGAACUGCCCUUCUCUGAUAAACCUUUCAAAGACCCGUCGGUAUAGCCGGCCUGAUGAAGCGUCCCGCAGUGGACGUAAGGCGUUGUAAGCGGGAAAAAUCCAGUUGAUUUGUUUAUAACAUUUAAUGUUACAUGUAUUUCUAAGCAUACUUUGUUCAUAUUAUAUUGUAAAACAGCAUCUGAGGAACUAACACUUCAACAAGCUCUUUCAAGUUACUUCCUCUUUUCUCGUGCUUUGUCCAUUAUAUUUGUCGUUUGAUUGCAUAGUUUUUGUGAUAGAAGUAUUUUUGUAAAAUGUUUUUGCAUGAGAAAUAAAAUCAUUUGAAUUAUUGAAUUAUUAAUCAAUUACCUGAAUGGUUGAGAACAGUAAUAGACAUAACCUUCAUCAUCAUUAUCCGAACCAUAUUGUGUAUAUUGCAAUGUUAAAACUUAUAUCCAAAAACCGCAUUCAUAAUUUCAACUAUGCUUUUUUAAAUAAUGACAAUAAUUGCAUGCAGAGCGUGAUUUUUUAAAGAGUAGAUUUUGAUUUCUCUUUUGGUAAGUUACAUGAUAUAGAACUUCAAUUAAUGUUAGCAAUUAUAACAAUAGCCACUUAUUACAGCUGGAGCAAAUGUUAUAUAUUUUUAAACUUUAAAGGUAUU